AUUUAUAACAAUCGUGUCCCUCCUAGCCCUUUCUCUACCGCACUCCUCUUCGUUCGUCUUCUUCUCUGGAGUUUUCUAAGGUUCAACCAAAGAUGCAGAACGAGGAAGGACAGAUCACCGAGCUUUACAUCCCUAGGAAGUGUUCUGCUACAAACAGAUUGAUUACUGCGAAGGACCAUGCUUCGGUUCAGAUUAACAUUGGGCAUGUGGAUGAGAAUGGUAUCUACAAUGGUCAAUUCUCCACCUUUGCCCUUUGCGGCUUCAUCCGUGCUCAGGGUGAUGCCGACAGUGCCCUAGAUCGCUUGUGGCAGAAGAAGAAAGCUGAAGUUAAGCAACAGUAGACGCCCAUGUUACUUUGUUACGUAUUAAUUUUUACUUUUGCUAGUAAUAUUUGAGGAUUAUGAUUGUCAUUUUGAGCAAAUACUUGUUCUGAAUUUUCUUUGGUACUUGGUACCCCCAGCUAAGGUUGUUUUUUUGACAA